UCUCUCUAUAUCUCUCGUCGGAUUGAUCGCCGGACCUCUUACCGUCGGAUAUAUCGCCGGCAUUUCGUUGAUCGUGUUCAGAUGACUCUCAGUACGGACUCACCGACCGUGAAAUUUCUCGGCGAUUCAUCUCCGAAUUCGAAAGCGGUAAACUUCUUCUCGAAAACCUUGAUUUUCAGAUCUGUGCUCGUUUUCAGUUCCGAUUGCGAUUUGAAUUUCUGAUGCGAAAAUUAGCGAGCGAUGAUUAGCGGAUGAAUCGCAAGUCCCCGGUUCUGAUUUAUUGGGGAUAUAGAGUUCUUUAUGCAUGUUGAUCCAUUAUUUGGAAGAAUCGGCACUUGAUUUUAAUCCGAUCUCAAGCUCCAUAACUGAAAUUAUAGGUUUAGUGUUAGGUUUAGGGUUUGUUAUAUAGGACAGUUUAGAAGAAAUGUUCAGGAAAAUUAUGAAAGGUCGGAAGCCCUCCAAGUCCGACGCCAAUGAUCCUUCGCUGUUCGGUUACGGCCUGCCGGCGAAUCGCAACUCCGGUUCGGUCACGACCACGAAUGUGAUUGUGAACCACGCAUCACGCGCUGGACCGGUCGUGGUGGGGCCCAAUUCCGCCACAGUAACGGGAUUAGCCGUUGUGCCGCCGUCGGGCACGGUGGAGCCUCUUCCCAUGUUCCGGGAUGUCCCGGUCUCGGACCGCCAAAGCUUGUUUCUUAGAAAGUUGCAGAUUUGCUGCUUCCAAUUUGACUUCUCGGACACGCUUAAAUCCGUUAGAGAGAAGGAAAUCAAGCGGCAAACUUUGAUGGAUUUGGUUGAUUUCAUACAGUCCGGGUCGGGGAAGAUCACUGAGACUUGUCAAGAGGAAAUGAUCAGGAUGAUCUCAGUAAAUAUUUUCCGGUGUUUGCCGCCGGCAUCCCACGAAAAUACAGGUCAAGAGGGCGGUGAUCCCGAAGAGGAGGAACCGUAUUUGGAGCCCUCUUGGUCGCAUUUGCAGCUUGUGUAUGAGUUGCUUCUUAGAUAUGUCGUGUCGUCUGAUAUUGAUACCAAGGUUGCUAAACGGUAUAUUGAUCACUUAUUUGUAUUGAAGCUACUGGAUUUGUUUGACUCUGAGGAUCCACGGGAGCGCGAGUACUUGAAGAUGAUUCUUCAUCGGAUAUAUGGAAAGUUUAUGGUGCACAGACCUUUUAUUAGGAAGGCAAUUAACAACAUUUUCUAUCGGUUUAUAUACGAGACAGAGAGGCAUAGUGGGAUUGCUGAGCUUUUGGAGAUUCUUGGGAGUAUAAUUAAUGGGUUCGCGUUACCAAUGAAGGAGGAACAUAAGCUGUUUCUUGUUCGGGCGCUCAUACCACUGCAUAAGCCUAAGCCAAUUGCGGUGUACCAUCAGCAGCUGUCCUAUUGCAUUACCCAGUUUGCAGAAAAGGAUUUUAAGCUGUCGGAUACGGUUAUAAGGGGCCUGUUGAAGUACUGGCCAGUGACUAAUUGUCAGAAGGAAGUUCUCUUCCUUGGAGAACUUGAAGAAGUGCUGGAGGCAACACAAUCUGCAGAAUUUCAGCGCUGCAUGGUUCCCCUUUUCCGACAAAUUGCUCGCUGCCUUACCAGCUCUCAUUUUCAGGUGGCGGAACGAGCCCUGUUUUUGUGGAAUAAUGAGCACAUAGUGAGCUUAAUUGCUCAGAAUCGGAAUGUCAUAUUGCCAAUUAUUUUCGAGGCGUUGGAAAGAAAUAUCCAGAGCCACUGGAACCAGGCGGUUCACGGGCUUACCGUCAAUGUUCGGAAAAUGUUCUUGGAGAUGGACGCUGAGUUGUUUGAAGAGUGCCAAAGAGGGCACGCCGAGAAGGAGGCCAAGGCCAGAGAAGUUGAGGAGCAGAGGGAUUUGACAUGGAAGAAACUUGCAGAUGUGGCUGCUCAGAGAAGAGGAGAGGACAUGAUCACAGUUUGACUCAAAUUACUUGAGACGGACAAAAACUUGUGACAAAAUAGGAAAGAAAAUUCAAGCAACAUCUUCAAUCUUUCUGCUCCUCCCAUUUAGAUGGUAUUCUUUUUUAGUUUUUUUUUUUUUUUUCCACUCUUAUCUUUAUAUUUUUUUUUCCUUAUAUCUCAACUCCGAUUAUUAAACAUAUCGGAGAAAGCAGCGAUAAAUGUAAUUUAUAAUGUACGAAAUUUGUUAGAAACAAGCUGCAGGUUAAGAAUGAUAUUGUGAAAAUAUAUUUUGUAUUUUUUUUUCU